UCGCCAAUCCUUUCUUUACACUCCUCUCAAUAAUUUCUCUCUUCUACAACAACAACAAUACCAACUCUGUACAAACCUUUUGCUUGAUACCCCAAUUCAAUUUUCGCAUCAACAACAUCUUCUAGUUCAUUUUUCAUACAAAAAGACUUUCAAUCACAAUGGCUGAAUCAACACCUGAAGUUCUCUGGGCUCAAAGAUCCAGCAAGACCGAAGCCGAAAAGAAUUUCAUCUACUUAACCAUCAGCGUUCCCGAUGUCAAGGAACCAAAGAUCGAUCUCAAGUCCCAAUCUCUUACAUACUCCGGCUACUCCGAGUCUCUCAAGCGUGCAUAUGCAGUUACCUUGGAAUUCUACGAAGAGAUCGAUGAGAGUGCUUCUAAGUAUAACCAUACCCAGAAGAACACUCAAUUUGUCUUGAGAAAGAAGGAGUUGAAGGAGGAGUUCUGGCCUAGAUUAUUGAAGGAUUCCAAGAAGGUUCAUUACUUGAAGACCGAUUUCGAUAAGUGGGUUGAUGAGGAUGAGCAAGAUGAGGCUCCUGAAGAGGAUUUGAGCCAGAUGGGUGGCAUGGGUGGAAUGCCAGGAAUGGGAGACAUGAUGGGAGGAGCCGGUGGAGAUUUCGGCGGUAUUGAUUUCUCGAAACUCGGAGGAGCUGGCAUGCCAGGAAUGGGUGGAAUGGGCGAUGAUGAUGAGGGUGAAGAUGAUGAGGAUGACGACGAAAUGCCAGCACUUGAAGGAGAGGAGGAAGCUUCUGAAGCGCCAGCUGCUAAGAUCACCGAGGUCGCUUAG